AUGGUGAGCUCCAACGACGAGCCUCGCGUCGAGGAUAACAAACUCGCUCACCACCAGAUCACCGAUGUCGAAGAGCGCGACAGUUCCUCCGACCCCAGCGAUGACUCUGCCCCAGAUGCCGAUACGCAAAUCGGCAUCCAGAACAUCCAGGCCACGACUUUGGCAUGGACGACACGGUCUCUCGUUUUCGCCUUCGUCAUGAUCUGGCUGACGUACUUCGUCGAGGGCAUGCUGUCCGCUUCUCUUGUGGCUUUGACGCCCUACGUGACCUCCAACUUCGCAUUACACUCGCUUACGCCCACCGUGUCUAUUCUUAGCAGCGUCAUCGGCGGUGUCACGAACCUCACGCUCGCCAAGAUCCUCGAUGUCUUCGGUCGCCCCCAGGGAUACCUAUUCUGUGUCGUCCUCGCGACGGCCGGGCUCAUCAUGAUGGCCGCGUGCAACAACGUCGAAUCCUACGCCGCCGCCCAAGUGUUCCAGACUGUCGGCAACAAUGGAAUCCAGUACAGUCUGACCGUACUCAUCGCCGACACCUCUACCCUGCGCAAUCGAGGCCUAGUACAGUCCAUUGCCAGCUCCCCAAAUCUGAUCACUGGAUGGCUUGCAGGGCCCAUCGCUUCCGGCUUCCUUGCCCUCGGGCCUGAAGGCUGGCGCUGGGCGUUUGGCAUGUUCACGAUCAUGGUCCCGGCAAUCACUCUCCCUCUCUCUGGUCUAUUCCUUAAGAACUACUUCAAAGCAAAGAAGCUCGGUCUUGCCCAGACCAAGGAAAAUCAUGGCAACGCCCUCCAGAGCUUCGUCUACUACUGUCGCCAGUUCGAUGCCGUUGGUCUUCUCCUCAUCUCGGCUGGUGUCGCCCUGUUCCUCCUUCCCUUUAACCUCUACACUCUCCAGGCGCGAGGCUGGAACUCGCCCCUUGUCAUCAGCAUGCUGGUUGUCGGCAUCGUCCUCAUCAUUGCCUUUGUUAUCUGGGAGAAGUUCUUCGCUCCCGUCACCUUCAUUCCCUACUCCCUUCUUCUUGAUCGCACCGUCUUUGGCGCUUGUAUCCUCUCCGCUAUCCUCUUCCUCAGCUACAUGCUGUGGAACAGCUACUUUACCUCAUAUCUGCAGGUUGUCAAGAACUUGAGUGUCGAGAAUACGGGCUACGUCGUCCAGGUUUAUACCGUUGUGUCCGUAUUGUGUGCCAUUGGCACUGGUGCUAUCAUUCACCAUAGCGGACGUUUCAAGCCCAUUUGUCUCUAUGUUGCCAUUCCUUUGAGCAUUUUCGGGCUGGGCCUAAUGAUCCACUUCCGCAACCAUGGAGAUGUUGGAUACAUCAUCAUGUGCCAAAUUUUCAUCUCCAUUGCCGCUGGUAUCGUCAUCAUCACUGACGAGAUUGCCGUCCUGGCCGCCGCGUCGCACCAAUACGUUGCCGUGAGCUUGGCGGUCUUGGGCAUGUUUGGAAAUGUCGGUGGCGCCAUAGGUCUCACGGUCGCUUCUGCCAUCUGGCAACAUGUCAUGCCCGAGAAGCUUAUGAGCUAUCUCCCUGUCGAGGAUCUGGAGAACCUGCCAAUGAUCUAUGCUGAUCUCACCACCCAGUUAAGCUAUCCGGUGGGAUCGCCAACCCGGAUCGCCAUCCAACAUGCGUAUGCAGACACUCAGACAGUUCUUCUAUCUACCGGAACUGGUAUCUGGGUCAUCGGUCUUAUUGGUGUCCUCAUGUGGCGUGACAUCAAUGUCAAGAGU